AUGGACCUCUCGUCGCUCGUUUCGUCGUCCAAAAACCUAACGUCCCACUUGUCAAAACCGGACCUACCGACAGUCAAUCUCUCGUUGGAUCAGAUUGAGGCUAUCUCAAGGCGUUUGGUAUCGCGUCAACCAGGCACCUCCACAGAUGCUGACCGCGCAAACUACCUUCUUGCGCAAGCGCAUGUCGAUGCAUCGGCUCUGUCGCAAUCAAUAGCCCAUCUAAACACAUCAACAACCUUCUCGCCGCUGCAGCCACUACAAGACACAGAUGUUACUGGUUACUUACGCAUUGCACAUGAACAAAACUUGAUUUCGACAAUCGAAGAGGGAAGGAAAGAGACGCAGGAGGAAUUCUACCGUGUGUUGGAGGAGAGAAGCCAAAGAGACUGGGAAGCAAAGAAGAAACGCGUCUUUGAGGAACUCGGUGGCCGUGUUGGGAGUGCUGAUCGCGCGUUGGUCGACAUCAGAGGUAGCUCUCAUGGUAAGAGCACUCUUACGCAAUCAACAGCUGUGCCUAGUCUGUCUCUGCAGAUGCAGGGCAAGAUGAUGGCCUACGACCGCGUCAUUACCGACUUGAACAAUGCACGACUCCGAGGCACAUCUUACCCCAUCGUCCAUGCACUCAUCGACGCAUCCCUCGCUGUGGCUUCAGAUGCACGCGCCAUCCAAAUGACGCAGAACUUCCAUGUCCUCGCCAAAAUCACCUCCGAACCGCCGGCCUUGCCACCCGUCGAGCACGCAGGUGCACACAUUCUCAAUGCCCCCAUGUUCGAGCGCAAAUGGGCUCGCGUUUACCUCGGAGACCCCGAAUCCCGCGAAUCCAUCGCUCUCCGCCGGCAAAUCGCGAAGGGUGCAAGGGAGGCGUUGGAGGAGCAAUACUGGGAUAUCCUGGAGCGAACGAUCCAGUCAAGACCGCUGGAAGCCAAGUUGGGUGGUGAUCCUAGCAUCUCGAAUCGGAUCAGGGCCUUCUUGCUGGUACGAUAUUACAGGAAUGGGGAGUGGGAAGAACGGAUCGAGUUGGUUGCAGGCCAGCCGUUAUGGGCCAAAUUGUUCUACCUUGUGCGGACAGGCCAUAUACAAGAAGCGCUUACAGAGGCUUUACACUUCCAGCAAGCCAUCGAAAACCGUGAAGCCAGCUUCGUCAACCAUUUCCGUACUUGGAUUGAGUCACCAGAUAGGAAACUGCCCAAAACACACCGUGACCACCUCCAGGCCAUUUACAAUGCGCACAUGUUGCACUCGUCAACAGCUGACCCCUUCAAGCUGGCAUUGUACAAACUUAUGGGCAAGCUCGAGCCGUCAAGGAGGAGCGUGCCGCAAGUGACAACAACAACGGAGGAUUGGCUGUGGUUCCAGCUCGCGAUGGUUGACGAAGACGAGGAUGGAGGCCUUCGUUCUCUCGCCGAUGUUCUCCUCGGGUACGGAGAGAGGCACUUCGACGGCCCUGCAAAUCAACCUGGUUCGAGACGUGGUGUGUGGGCUGGUGUGCUGCUUAUGUGUGGGCAGUUCGAACGGGCCGUGGCGGCCCUGUGGGACCACCAAGAGACGGAGAUUGAGGCUGUCCAUCUUGCGAUUGCCCUUGCCUAUCAUGGGCUGCUGAGGGUCCCUUCUCGUGCCGAAACGUCUGAUAUGACACCUUUGUCCCUUUCACCGGCAUCCCCACCUGCUAUCAGUCUAUCAACUAUUAUCUGGCGAUAUGUCCGUCAAUUUGUCAAAAUGGAUGCAAAGGAGGCGCUGCAGUACGUCUACUGCGUAUGCCUGUCCUCUGACCAGGGCAACGGGGUGGGCAAGGAGCAGAUUGAGAUUGCUUGGGAGCUCGUCAGGAGGAUCAUUGUGUUAGCCAAUAGUGGUCCGGCGUGGGAGGAGCUUGUUGGUGGGAUUGGGCCCGAGGGAGGACGUUUCCCUGGCGUCAUCGAGCAGGGCGCUCCUCUCCUCCAACUCCGUGACUCCCAAGAAUUCCACAACCAGAUCAUCAUUCGUGCCGCCCGCCAUUCAGAAGAGAACGACCGCAUCGCAGAGGCGAUCAAGCUGUACAACCUCGCCGAGGACUACUCGACAGUCGUCGCAUGCCUGGCGCAGGCCCUGGGCAAUACUAUCGCCCAGGCAAGUCCAGAUGAGAAGGCGCGGAACAUCGAGAAGACGGCUGCAGAGAUUCUGAGGCAUUAUGAGCGUGCUAAUCGCGCUGUGGGUAGGGAGAGGGAGGCCGUCGUAAGAUUGUUGAGAAUUAGGGAGGCGGUCGAUGCGAAAAAUGCUUGUCGGCCUGAAGUGGCGCUUGAUAUUAUGGAAUCCACCGACCUCAUUCCCUUGACUGGUGAUAUUGCCAAGAUCACGAGACGGGCGGAGGAGUUCAGGGACUUGCACGAAGCCCUGCAGAAGAAUUUGCAGACGUACCUCACUCUGACGAUGGACGCACUGGCGGGAGUGCAUCAGAAAGUGAAGAACUCCAUGGUGGCAGAUGCCACGAAACAGAUGACCCUCGCGAAUAUCAGGAAGAAGUCCCGGUCGCUCAUGGUCUUUGCUGGUAUCUUGAAAUACCGCAUGUCGCCUGACGUGUAUUCGUACCUCGCGAGGUUGGAUGUCGAGAUUGCCCUUUGA